ACCCCAUCUCCCCCAUUUUUGUUUAAAUUUUUAACUAUAUGAUCAUUAGCUUACAUUUCUAAUCAAACUAUAGUUUUCAAAGUAAGAGUUUUAUUUUGAAAUACCUCGCCGGAAGUCACAGAUGUACAUGGUGGCUAUCUUGCCGUUGUUCCUUAUUUUUCCCAAUAUUAAACCUUAGGGGAGGGAUACUUGAGCGCCGUCGCACAACUACGGUUGACUACAGCCUGCACUUUCCGACUUGUGCUGUUUUGGAGUCGGGCAUAAAGGCAGUGGUGGGUCCACACGGGGAUACUCAAAAAUAGCUUCUAAAGGCGAUUAAGGUAUGACGGAUACUAACGGAGGGGCUCCGCGGGACUGUACGUAAAGAUGAGGAUUCCUCCGGUGUGGGUGCUGGGCGCUUGCCAGACUGGGUGAAGUUGUAGCUGAGAGGGAAACCUGCUGAGAGAGAGAGAGGAAAAAAAAACACCACCUGGGACGCCUGAGGAGGACCUCUGUGCAGGUUCACACGGCCGUCGGCAGGGUGGAGCUUCCUGACCCAUGGAGAAUUACUUCCAGGCCGAGGCCUUCAACCUGGACAAGGUGCUGGACGAGUUCGAGCAGAACGAAGAUGAGACAGACACUCCUAUUCUCUCAGAUGCCAAGUGGACCCAGAUCCUGGCCCCACCCGCCCACCUGCUCUCUCUGAACCCCGCCCUGGCCCACGCAGACCUCAGCCCCCGGGAGAGUCCGCUGCCCUUCAAGACCCUCCCAGACUCUUCCUCCAGCACCUCCCCGGGGGCCGACCCCAAAAGACAUCCCGGUCCUGAACUUCAGUCCUGGGCAGAGGAGAGGCCAGCAGACGUCCACAGCCCACCGCUCCCCCAGCCCAACAUCGGCAAACUGGUGGGGACCGACGACCUCUCGCCGCCCCCCGUGACGGCAUGUAGUGCCGUGGAGAAUGGCUGCCCCGCAAGCCCACAGCACGAUGGGCUUGGCAAGGAGAUAAGUUCUCCAUCAGACAACCAGCCUGGUGCUUCUGACCAGGCGGUUAAACCUCAUCAGGAGGAGAGAGCUGCCUCAGGAGGAGGAGGAAGCUCUACUGUCAGCCACACUCAUUUUACCUUUGAGCUUGGAUCAGGACAGGAGGAAGCUCCAUCUGAGAAGAUUCAUCCAAAUGUUGAACCAACAACACAGACUGGGGAAAGUGUCAAAGACGAGGCAAAUACAGCUGUUUUACAGGACUAUAGUCAAGAGAGACAGACUGAGAACUCAAACCAGGAGCAGGGAGAAAGUGUCCUGAACGGGGGGAGAGAUGUUCAGGGUGGUUGUGAGGCAGAGGUGAAUGGUAUAUCUCCUCCUGACAGGGUCGGAGUGGAGCGGGAGAGGAGAUGUGGUCCAGAGAGACAGAUGGACCAGCUCCUCAGAAUAACGAGCCUUCCCAAUGGUUUAGAGCAGGAGAGGAGUAGUCAUUCCAAGCUGAAAGAGACAGAAGAGAAAGAGGAGGAGGUGGAGGGUUUUUCUCCCUCUCCUGUCCCCUCCAAAGAGGACUCUGUGACUGAGGAGAAAGAAAUGGAGGAGAGCAAGCAGGAGAGCAGCGAUGGAGGAGCAGUGGGAUCAGGUAGCAUCCAACCAAAACUCAACAACAAUCGACUGCAGCCGGUCAGCGUCCCCUACGGAGGGGCGCGACCGAAGCAGCCGGUCAGCCUCAAACUCCAGAUUCCACAGCCGCUGUCGGGCCAGGUCCAAAAUCAGCUUGGCCCAUCCUCCGUCAGCAAGAACAAGAACCUUGAGAACCAGUGUCGGAGAGGCACGCCUUCUGAAACCACGCUCAGUGGGACUGAUCAGACCACAGUCGGGGUGAACGGAGAUGGCGUUGUCCCCUCUCCUUCCCUGAUGCCUUCGGAGAGCCCAGACAAUGACCUCCAGGCAGGCCAACAGGGCGCUCUGUGCAAGAAGCCUGCCAGUGCCCUGGGAGAGGUCGCCCCUGUGUGGGUGCCCGACUCCCAGGCUCCCGUCUGCAUGAAAUGUGAUGUCAAGUUCACCUUCACCAAGAGGAGGCACCACUGCAGGGCCUGUGGCAAGGUGUUCUGUGCGACAUGUUGCAGCCUGAAGUGCCGGCUCACCUACAUGGACAGGAAGGAGGCCCGUGUCUGUGUCACCUGUCAUUCUGCUCUGACGAGUGGUGAGAAAGUAGCAACUCAAUCAUGGGAGACGCCAGCCCCUGGAAGCAACCAGAGCCCGAACCCCAACAACCCAGCAGAGUACUGCUCCACCAUCCCCCCUCUGCAGCAGGCUCAGGCGUCUGGGGUACUCAGCUCCCCUCCUCCCACCGUCAUGGUGCCUGUGGGAGUCCUGAAACAGCCUGGCAAUGAGGGGUCCCUCUCACGUGAGCAGAGAAGGGUGUGGUUCGCUGACGGGGUCCUACCUAACGGAGACACAACAGAGUCCCCCAAACCUCCGACCUCCAGUCCAGCUCCCUCCCAGUCAUUGGCCAUCUCCACGUGCUCAAACAAAUCCUCCACUUCUGAAUCCUCAGAGGCAGCCCAUACCCCUGUUGCCCCGGUGGGCAGCCCCGUGGGCAGCUCCCUCAGUCUGAUUCCAGAGGACGGGCUCCCUCCCAUCCUCAUCUCCACCGGAGUCAAAGGAGGUACGGGAGGCCACAUCACAGACUACGCAGUGGAGGAGAGGCCGUCUGAGAUCGUUCUCAUGCAGCAGCUGGAGGAGGGAGGUCCAGACCCCCUGGUCUUCGUGCUCAAUGCGAACCUGCUUGCCAUGGUCAAGCUUGUCAACUAUGUAAACAGGAAGUGCUGGUAUGUGACGACUAAAGGCAUGCAUGCUGUCGGCCAGGCCGAGGUGGUCAUUCUGCUCCAGUGUCUCCCCGACGAGAAGACCAUCCCUAAAGACAUCUUCACCCACUUUGUGCAGCUCUACCAGGAGGCCCUCAGUGGCAACGUGCUGAGCCACCUGAGUCACUCCUUCUUCACGCAGAGCUUCCUGGGCAGUAAGGAGCAUGGCGGCUUCCUCUACAUCAGCCCCUCCUUCCAGUCGCUGCAGGACCUCCUGCUGCCAAACCCGCCUUACCUUUUUGGCAUCCUGAUCCAGAAGUGGGAGACGCCCUGGGCCAAGGUCUUCCCCAUCCGCCUCAUGCUGCGGCUGGGCGCAGAGUACCGAUUUUACCCGUGUCCGCUGUUCAGUGUUCGCUUCAGAAAACCACUCUUCGGAGAGACCGGUCACACUAUCAUGAAUCUGCUCGCAGACUUCCGUAACUACCAGUACACGCUACCGGUGGUGAAAGGGCUUGUUGUGGACAUGGAAGUGAGGAAGACGAGCAUCAAGAUCCCCAGUAAUCGCUACAACGAGCUGAUGAAGGCCAUGAACAAAUCCAACGAACAUGUGCUGGCCAUGGGGGCGUGUUUCAACGACCGGGCCGACUCCCACCUGGUGUGCGUCCAGAACGACGAUGGGAACUAUCAGACGCAGGCGAUCAGCAUCCAUCACCAGCCGCGCAAAGUUACUGGAGCCUGCUUCUUUGUGUUCAGUGGUGCUUUGAAAGCUUCAUCUGGCUUCUUAGCCAAGACCAGCAUUGUGGAAGAUGGUGUGAUGAUCCAGAUCACGGCUGAGACCAUGGAUUCUCUACGGCAAGCCCUGAGAGACAUGAAGGACUUCACCAUCACGUGUGGUAAAGCCGACCAGGAGGAGAACCAGGAGCUCGUCCACAUCCAGUGGACGGAGGACGACCAAAACUUCAACAAGGGAGUGAUCAGCCCGAUUGAUGGAAAGUCCAUGGAGUCCAUCACCAGCGUCAAGAUCUUCCACGGCUCUGAGUUCAAAGCCAACGGCAAAGUCAUCCGCUGGACAGAGGUCUUCUUCCUCCAGAGCGAAGACCAACCCAACGGCCUGAGCGACCCCGCCGACCACAGCCGGCUGACAGAGAACGUGGCGAGGGCUUUCUGCAUGGCUCUGUGUCCGCACCUGAAGCUGCUGAAGGAAGACGGCAUGGCCAAACUGGGACUGAGGGUCACGCUGGACUCGGACCAGGUGGGUUACCUGGCAGGAAGUAAUGGUCAGCCUCUCCUGCCUCAGUACCUGAGCGACCUGGACAGCGCUCUGAUCCCCGUCAUCCACAGCGGGGCGUGUCAGUUGAGUGAGGGCCCCGUGGUCAUGGAGCUGGUCUUCUACAUCCUGGAGAUCAUCUCCUAGGAGCCGGACACAUCCCACCAACCUGGAGCACCUGGAGCUUCACCUCCUAAACCUCUUCUUUUUUUUUCCUUACCUUCUUACAUCAUUUCACAGCCUGGUCGUUCUUCCCUCUGUCAUCUCCCUUUCGACCGUUUGCACUUCAAAAGAGCCCGGAAACUGUGCCGUGCCAGGCGGGGUAGCAUUCCUCAAGUCAAACCUAUGCAUCCAACCACCCGUCUUUUUCUGCUCCGGCGAGGUCGCCCGGGGCCCGAGGAAGCUCAGAGUGGGAGCAUCUGUCAUGUGACAUCUUUCACCUCACCUCUCAGGUGUUCCCAUCACACUGGGUCUGUCCUGAUACCCACACUGCACCGCGAAUGAAGUGACGUGUCCCAGUUUCUGUUCAGAUUAAGCAGAGGCAGAAAAAUCCUUUUAUUUUGAAAGGUUUCAGUCUGAUAGGAGUGUAUUUUUCUAAUUUACUGAUGAAAGAAUGAUUAGAUAUUUUGACAAAAAUAUAGUGUAUGUUGUUAAUGCGAAGCGAUAAUCAUCUGUGGAUGUUUGGACAUGAGUCGAGUAAUAAUAGACUCGUGUCACAAACGUCUUCACGUGUUAAUCAUUGGUCUAAAAGCAGCUUAUUGACAGACAAUAUCGACGACCACUGGACAGGUGUGGCGCAGUUGACUCUGGUGAAUUAUGAGAUACAUUCAGCUCUGGCUGCAUUAAUCAAACGUUUUUGAAAAUUAGUCUGAAAUACAAUCCUGCCAUCAAAACAAAUUAAAUGAACAAAGUUAGGGCUCAGGGUAGGCACUGAAAAAAAACAUCAGAAAACAAUGAAGAAUGUCCAUCAAAGUUUCCCUGAGUGCAAGAUGACAUUUUCAUCAUGUCUAAAUGUUUUAUUUAGUCUGAGAAACAAACAGGAACCCACAGAUAUUCAGUUAACUAUAAAGUAAAAUAAGCAAACUGUCACAUGUGAGAACAAGGAACUGUCCUAUUUUUGACCUUUUGACUUGAAAACUGAUUUAAACUCAUCAUUGACUUGGCUCAAAAAUAAAACCCCAAUUUGUAUGAAUGCAACUCAUAACUCGAUGCUGAAUGGGUUACCUGGCAGGUAGGUUUGUUUUAAGCAAUUUAGAGAAGUUGCCACAGUUGUUCUUGGGAUGUAAUCCGUCUCAGUGUCUCCUGUCCUUUCAUAUAAUCCCAGACGGACUCCCUGAUGUUUGUCUUUGUUCUUCUUGUCUCUGAAGAUAGUUCUUUAUGACUGUGGCUGCAUGUUUGGAGUUGCUGUCCUGCUGCAGAGUGAGUUUGGGACCGAUCAGACACCUCCCUCAUGGUUUUGUGUGAUGGAUGAGAAUCUAAACAUCUAAAAUGCCUAAAACUUUGGCAGAGAGUGACUGUAUCUCUACCUGAAUACACCUUCCCCUGGCCACUCUGAACAGGUUAGGACACCUCUAGAGCUCUCAUCUCAUCUUUAGCCAAGGUAGGAGGAGGAUUUCCUAAGUUAGACAGUUGAUCAAAUGAUUUUACUCCUGAUUAUAAAUGUAAAAAGUGAGAAUUUCUAGGCAGUCAGAGCUGAUUUCUUACCCUGAGAUGCUUGAUAAACAGCAGUAUUAGUAGAAGUGUGAGUUUAGUCGUGGGUAUUUGGACGGACCUGCUGUCUCGACUCCUCAGCCUCCCGAUCACCCGUCAGUCCCAAGGUCACUGUGGCAGCCAGGGGCCCUGAAGCACUGACAUUCAAAGGCCUCUGUGUAGCACGGAUGCUCUUCACAAGGGAGACUCAUAUCCACCGCUGAAAAAGUUCAGACUAUUUCUGUGAAGUUACGUCGAAAAGGAAAACCACAAAUCAUCGACCGAGGAGGGAGAAGGUGCUUUUGCGUGGUGUGGCGGUUAAGGUUUUUUUUUUUUUUUUUUUUUUUUGCACCGUGGUGCUCAGUGCCUGCAGCAACAAUUCAUCAAGGGAGAGGAAAAAAAAUCACGGCUUCACCCCUUAAGCUUUAUUCAUCAAUCACCAGAUGCUUUACUUCAUGGACAAACGCAUUGACUUGUACAUAUUUUUGUAGGCAGAACAAUUUCUCCUCCAUUCUAACUGUAAUAUCUGUAGCCUCCAGAGAUCCCGCUGAAAGACAGUAUUAUUGAAGUGACCGUCACAGACUCCUCUGUCGUGAAAUAAGAUUACGUUACUCGGAAGUCUGCAAGAAACCCCCACCUCCCCUCAAUCCUUUGUCCUACAGUAGACAGCUGAGAAAAAAAGGUUCCAAUGCUUUAUCGAUGAACUCAAACAAUCUGUACAUAAAGCUGAAAAAGCAGAAGAGGGAAAAACUUUUUAAUCUCAUCAAUCGACAGAAUCAUCAGCGCUUGGUGUUCGUCCAGCAGGGGUUGGAAAAACCUCUCGAGUUGUUUUGGUGUCUUUUUAAUCAUACAAAGAGAAUAACUGUUGAAGAUGUAAAGAUAUAUAUAUAUAUAUAUAUACAUAAACAGUAUAUAUAUAUAUAAAUAAAUAUAUAGAAACUGUAUUAAAAUUGCAGAAGCAGUGCACUGGAUUCUAAGCCAUUUACAGGAGAGUUGAAGCGAGCGUCAGGGUUGCUGCCACUGUGCUCUGGAAGACAAAGUUUUUCCAACAGAAGAGAAAAGUUCAGUGUUUGUAAAAGAUCCAGGGUUCCUGCGAGAUAGACGACUUGAAGCUGAAUGUAUUUCAUCUCACAUUUCCUGCGAUUUAUCAUCCUCCCCAAAGCCCUGAACUCAUCGCCAUCCUGCUCCAGACUUUUGCAGACCUGCGUACGAACCCUGUAGAUCCGCUGACACGUCCUCUUCAAAAGGCCUCAACUGUUUCGAGUGUCUGUAAACAAGAUCAGGCUGUUGGGAGGUUUUUAACCUGCAGCCCCCUCUUUCUGCUCUGGACUCUCCCUCAGCAACAUGGACCUGGGAUUAUAAAAAAGAAAGAAUGUAUUCCUCCUUGUUUCUGUUUAAAAUCUGCAAAAUGGGUUUGUUUUUUUUUGUCUCUGGUUAGACUAAUCACCAAAAACUCAGACUCCCUGUCCAGUAAUCAUUCCGCAUCACAGCAACCUCUCCAUCUUUAAUCAUGCUAAUGUAAAAACCAGAAGGGGCUAACGCAAAAAAAAAAAAAAAAAGUACUGUCCACGCAGUACGAGCAUUUUAUCGGGAGAAAAACAAUCUCGUCAUCACACGUGAGAAAUCAGACAAUCACAUGAAAAUCUGCAGAAGAGCCGACGCUUCGAGUUUAAAUUAGACCUGUAGGUAUUUCUGUAUUAAUUUAUUACUCGAUUUGAAGUAUUUUAGAAGCUACUGUAGCAAGAGUAAUGUUAGUAAACAAUGUUCAGAGGUCAAAGGUCACCAGCUCUGGGUUAAUUUACUGUGAUUCAUAACCAGAGCUGGUGUCGCUGAAUCACUGUGUCUUUCACUGUGUGACGUUCAGCAGUUCUGUUUUUAUAAAUUAGCAUAAACAAAAGAGGAGAUGUGAGGAUUUAUUUUUCGGACUCCCCCAGUUUUCUGUUACUUUUUUUUAUUUUUUGGCAUUAACUGACAAAGUGUGCAAUAUGUCCUAAAUCCAAAAAAAGAAAAAAAAGAAAAAAAAGGUGCAAUUUGUUCAACUGAAAAAGUAGCAUUUUGUUUUUUGUUUUUUUUGUAUUCAGUUGUAAGCUGUUACCAUCCAAAACUAUAACACUGCAUGCAAACAGAAACGAGCUUGAAAAACUCGAGGAGAGCAAAAUCAACUUUGCAUUUUAACAGUUAUAUCCUCUAAUUUGUGGAUGAAACUUAAGAAAACAAUCCACUCUUUCAGUUGUCAUCAACUUGGUUUAGUUAUUUUUU